AUGGAAAUCACACGUCGCUUCAGCCGCUCCUGUAGCAAGGCAGAGAUCGCCUCAGUAGGCAUCUCCCCUGCUACAUCAGCUGUCUUUGCAAUCUACACAGCUGCGCAAACCUCUCAAUCCUGGAUCGACGUCUUUGACAUCAAGACUCAGAGCGGCUACUCCAAGACAAGCGGCUCGCGAGCUGUCUUCUCACCCAAUGGCUCGAAAUUGGCUACCAUUAGGGACUGGACUGUUCAGUUUACAGGAGGCUUCGACUUUCACCACUCUAGCACUGUCUUUUUGAGGGACUAUGUUAGUGGAAAGACGGCCUGUGAGCUCAAGGAGGCUAAGGGUGAGCCAAUUGCUUGGAGCCGUGAUGGGAGACUCAUCGCAGUCGGUGAAGCGAGGAAUCGCAUUGGAGUUUGGGAUGUGAAGCACGGUGUCAGAGUCGGAAAGGUUCUGAGCCACAUCGACGCAGUUACUCACGCUGCUUUCCUCCCCGACCAGAGCCUCGUCACGAUCUCACGCGACGGAACGCUGCGCAUCACCAACACCAAGACUUGCAAGACAGUUCGCCGUCUUGAGAUCGACGGCUCAAACAACCCCCGCGCUCUAGCAGUCAGUCCCGAUGGUCGACGCAUCGUCUCAGUCUGGGGAACAAGCGUCCACAUCUGGAUCCCAUCCGCCAACGACUUGACGUCUUACAACCUCAACGCGGUGCGACCCUGUGAGGGAUGGCCCCUUGCAAUCUCACCCGAUUGCCGAUACAUGCUCUGCAGAACUGAAGAUGGCUUCGACAUCAUGGAUGUUGCGACGGGAACUAUCGUGUACGAUGAGGCUACAGAGGAGAUGGUAAUGUCUGGGGCUUUCGAUGAGGAUACUAAGGUUCUGGUUCUUGGAAGAAUGGAUGGCGUUGUUGAGGUUCGGGAUGUUUUUGACAGGAGGUGA